AUGCCGGCCAAACGAUGGGGUCGUCCCCCAACGAUGAGUGCAACAGAGGCACACAAGGAACAAUUAAAACGAUACAUUAAGAAUGAAAUAGAAAAUAACAAUUUGCUUGGCCUGCUGGGAGAGGAAUUAGAUAACAUGGUAGAGAUGUUAACAACAUGUAACUCUAGGCGAGAAGUGUAUGAUUGGUGUCAGACACUCAUGGUGGGGGAGACAUUAGCAGCUGAAGUGAUACGCAGACGUGAUGAUAAUGGACCUCCAUUUGAAGAUACACCAGGAACUAAAAAACGAGGAGCAACCGCAGGAAAUAGUAAUAGUGCUGCUAAUACGAAUAAUAAUAAUAAUAAUAGUGGUGGACGUCAAUUAAGUACGGCCUCUCGACGAGGAGGAAGAAAGAAGGAUGUGUCUAAGAAUGGUGGUAGUGCCACAGCAGUAGCAGCAACGGCAAAGUUAAAACCAGGAUUUUGUGAAUGUGGUUGUUUUGCAACGGAACAUAAUCUUCGAGGGAACUGUGCGAACUGCGGUCGUAUUAUUUGUGAACAGGAAUCUGAUGAAAUGUGUUAUCAUUGUGGGUUAGAUCCUUAUAUUUGUGUAGCGUAUGAAAUUAAAGUACAAGAUGGUCUUUUAACAGCAGCGGCCAUAGAAAAAGAUAGAGAAAGUUAUGAAAAAGCUAUAUCGAAACGAGAUGAACUUUUACAAUAUGCUGAGACACGUGCCAAACGUACUAAAGUCAUUGAUGAUCAAACCGCAGUGUUUCUUUCUCCACAACAUGCAUGGAUGUCUCCACAAGAACGUGAAAAGGCAGUAAAAGAUGAGGCUCUCGCUGAAAAACGUCGAAAGGUGGCGGCUAUGCAUCGCACAACAGGAGCCUAUACCGUACAUUUGGAUAUUAUGAAUCAAAAUGCGGCAUUAACAUGUCAAGAAAUAAUACCAGCACCUCACAGUGAUACCUCCUCUAGUUCAUCAGAGAGUGAAUUAGGAGAUGGAAUAGAUGAUAAAGAAGUUGAAAUUGAAGAGGAAGAAGAAGUUGUGCGGGCGGUACCAUUACCUUCUUUAAUGCAAAAAAUAUGGUAUAGUUUAGAUGGUUCUGUGGAACAAUUGUCUACAUCAGGGACUAUUGCAGUUUCUUCGGAUAAGUAUAGAAAUGCGGCUAAUGAUGUUGGUGGGGCGGAUCAUUCCGUGAAAAAACCGGAGGUGCAUCGAGUUGUGGAGAUCUCCCGUCGUGUUCAGCAGGAUUAUUAUGAAGAUGACGCUCGUGCCUUUUUAGAUGCCCAAAAAAUGCUGCAAGGGGAACAAGUCCAUCAGAGAGAAGAUGGCCUAAAUAUAGCAUCUGAAGAAGAGAAGGAAGAAGAAGAAGAUGUAGACAAUGUCCGUGAGGAAGUUAAAGAAAAGAAGGAGAAUACAGUAGUGAAAGCUACUGAGGUAAAAGGUAAUAGUAGUAAUAGUAGUAGUAUUACUGCAUUCAUACCUACCCCAAUUAUGCGAAUGAAUGAUAAUGGUAUUUGUCUCUCUAUGCAUCAACCAUGGGCAGGAUUACUUGUGGCGGGUAUAAAAAUGCAUGAGGGACGUGUGUGGAGUACAAACUAUCGUGGCCGUCUGUGGAUUCAUGCCGCAUCUGCACAGCCACAUGAUAUCAAAGAAGUGGAAGAACAUUACGCAAAGUUUCGUCCUCCUACAGUGGAGUUUCCCACACACUAUCCUACCGGUGUAUUGUUGGGUUAUGUAUACAUUGUAGACUGUAUGGACCAGGAAAAAUACCGACAAACGUUUCCAGAGAAUGAACGACAGGAAGAGAAUUCACCUUUUUUGUUUAUUUGUGUAGAGGCUAAAACACUGCCAUUUCCACUUCCUAUGGUAGGAAACCAUAAACUGUUUAAAUUGGAUCACAAGGUACAUACUGCUGCGCGUAAACAAUUGUUGGAGAUUUAG